UUUCCCAACAGUUAAUCAAUUCUCCAAUCUGCCAAGCAGAUAAUAUAUGAAUAUGAACCCCUUCAAAUUCGCCUCUUGUAGUUGUUAUGGCCCAAUUUGCAUAGCAGCAAUUUUCCUGAUCUUCAUUGUCUGUUAUUAUUAUUUAUGUCGAAAGCGGCAGGAUCAGCGGAAGCUGGCCCCUUCGCCGCCGGGUGCGUGGCCCGUAAUCGGCCACCUCCACCUCCUCCACAAUGCGAAGCUCCCCCACCACACUCUUGGAGCCAUGGCCGACAAAUAUGGGCCAAUCUUCCGCUUACAGCUCGGCUCCCGGUCCGCGCUCGUGGUGAGCAACUGGGAGAUGGCCAAAGAAAGCAUGUGCAUUAACGAUGCCGCCGCGGCGUCCCGCCCAGAGCUGUCGGUCUCCAAGCAUUUCUCCUACGACUUCGCCAUGUUUGGGUUGGCUUCCUACGGCCCUUACUGGCGGGAGAUGCGUAAAAUAACUCAUCUCGAGCUCCUCUCCAACCCACGCGUUCAAGAGGUUAAGAACAUCAUGUUUGGUGAGGUCGACAUGUCGUUGACAGAGCUGCACGCGAAAUGGGUCGUCCAAAGGAACGAAUCGGGCCAGAUACCGGUAGAGUUGAAGGGUUGGUUCGGGGAUGUGGUUAUGAAUAUGCUUCUGAAGAUCAUUAUCGGAAAACGAUGCGUCGGCCCGAAUGCGUUGGGAGGAGAAGCAGAGGCAAAAGAGUUGCAGAUGGCGAUUAGGGAGUCGUUCCGUUUGAUGGGCCAAGGAAUAUUGAGGGACUUCAUUCCUGUGGUUGCACAGUUGGGAUUUGACGGACAAGUGAAGGCCAUGGAGAAAAUAGCCAAACGAAUUGAUGCCAUUCUUGAAGGAUGGCUGCAGGACCACAAGAAGAACAGAGCUUAUGGUUUGGCUAAAAAAAAUGGAGACUUUAUGGUUUCUCUCCUUUCCUUAUAUGAUGCCAACCAGCUUCCAAGUCAGUACAAUGGCGAUAUCAUUACCAAAGCCACAACUUUGAAUAUGAUUGCAGGUGGAACUGAAAGCAGCACAGUAACUCUAACAUGGGCGAUGUCAUUACUACUGAACAACCCGCAUGCCCUAGAAAAGGCAUAUCAAGAGCUGGAUGCAGUGGUGGGAAGAGAUAGACGAGUGAACGAGUCCGACAUAUCCAAGCUCAGUUAUUUACAGGCUAUAGUUAAAGAAACGAUGCGGCUAUACCCGGCAGGGCCUCUAUUGGGUCCUCGCGAAUUUUAUAAGGAUUGUGUUGUGGGUGGCUAUUUUGUUCCUAAAGGUACUCAACUGAUCCCAAACAUCUGGAAGAUCCAAGUUGACCCACGAGUGUGGCCUGAUCCGCUUAAAUUCAAGCCAGAGCGGUUUCUAACAACCCACAAGGAAGUGGAUGUGAAAGGGAAUGAUUUCGAGUUGAUUCCCUUUGGGAGCGGACGAAGAGGGUGUCCUGGAGUCGCGUUUGGCCUUCAAAUGGUGCACUUUACUCUAGCUGGGUUUUUACAGUCGUUUGAUGUGAAAAACGUGACGAGCAACACGAUUGAUAUGUCGGAGGUUUUUGGAAUGGCAAACGAAAAAUUUUUGCCUCUCAAUGUUGUAGUCACCCCACGGUUGCUUUCUCACCUUCAUACUCUAAUAUAGUUAUUUCCAUAUAGAAAGAUUUAUUAUGUACCGGUAAGAUGGUAGAAAUAUUUAAUAUUAUCACAAUAGGAAUUCAAACAUUUAAUUUAUAAGAAAUGUUGUCAAAGCGAAUAUAACUCAGCAGUAAUUGGCAUA